CACUGGUGCCUUGACGGGAGGGGCUGGUCUCCUCUACGACUCUAGGCUACCUCAGUGCCCCCAUCUUUGCCACAGAUGCACAGGCCCCUCCCUUGGGGGGUGAUGGUUUUGUUUUAUUUUUCUAAUUCUGCUGACUGUGAAUAAAACAGGAAAACACUACAAUCUGGCUCGACUACUGCUGGCUGCUAGGUGAGAGGGAGGCGGGUGGCAGGGAGAGGCCUGCACGGGGGUGGGGACCAGGAGCCUCUGGCAGGGAGGCUGCCACGUGCAGGAUUGGGGCGCCAGGCCUGGGGGAAUCCUGGGACCUGGAGACUACUGGGGACUGUGCCUCCAACCCCGACCAGCCCACAGCUCCUCCCUCCCAGAUGUAUCCCCCCUCAACCUCCCUACAGGAGGGGGCAGACUCAGGGAGGGACUGUAGAUUAGGGCCUAGGGGGCCACGUGACCCUCCCCCAGGAAUGCGGUGACGUCACCGGGGGCGUGGCUGUCCCCAAAAUUGGGGAGGAAGGGAAAAAAAACUAGAAAAAGUUUCUUUCCUGGAGUCCCAAACGAGAUCUGGAGCCGAAGUGGGGGAGGGAGUCAAGGCCAGAGGCCGGGACUCGAUAGGGCCCUGACUGCUGUCUGGAGUCCUCCCGUUCCAGGCCAUGUCGGGUCCCACCUGGCUCCCCCCGAAGCAGCCGGAGCCCGCCAGAGCCCCUCAGGGGAGACUACUCUCCCGAGGUGUCCCAGGGCCACCACCAGCCCACGGAGCAGCACUCCAGCCCCAUCCUAGGGUCAAUUUUUGUCCCCUUCCAUCUGAGCAGUGUUACCAACCCCCAGGGGGACCAGAGGAUCGGGGGCCAGCCUGGGUGGGGUCCCAUGGACCACCCCAGUGUUCACAGGGGCUCCCUCCAGACCAGGGGUGCCUGCGCCCAGCAAGUCUGGAUGCUGAGAUAGAUUCGCUGACCAGCAUGCUGGCUGAGCUGGAUGGGGGUCGUGGUCAUGCUCCACAGCGACCAGACCGACAGGCUUAUGAGCCCCCUCAGAUACCUGCCUAUUGCCCAGGCUCCCUGAAGCCCAACGGAGGAGGGGGUGUUCCACCCCUGUUGCUCCCAGCAUCCCCCUAUGGAGGCCCCACUCCAGCCUCCUAUGCUACUGCCAGCACCCCAGCUGGCCCUGCCUUUCCUGUGCAAGUAAAGGUGGCCCAGCCAGUGCGAAGCUGUGGGCCACCCAGGCGGGGGGCCUCUCAAGCCUCAGGGCCUCUCCCAGGCCCCCACUUUCCUCUCCCAGGCCAAGGAGAAGUCUGGGGAGCUGGCUAUCGGAGCCCCCGUGAGCCAGGGCCAGGGGGUAAAGAAGAGGCAGCAAGGGUUCCUGUCCCUGCAGGAGGAGGAAGAGGAGGUGGGCAUGGACCCCAGGUUCCCCUGAGCCAGCCUCCAGAGGAAGAACUGGAGAGACUGACUAAGAAGUUGGUACACGACAUGAACCACCUGCCCACUGGGGAGUACUUUGGCCGAUGUGGUGGCUGUGGAGAAGAUGUGGUAGGGGAUGGGUCUGGAGUUGUGGCCCUUGACCGUGUCUUCCAUGUUGGCUGCUUCGUGUGUUCCACAUGCCGGGCCCAGCUCCGGGGCCAGCAUUUCUACGCUGUGGAGAGGAGGGCCUAUUGUGAGAGCUGCUACGUGGCCACCCUGGAGAAAUGCUCCACGUGCUCCCAACCCAUCCUGGACCGGAUACUGCGGGCUAUGGGGAAGGCCUACCACCCUGGUUGCUUCACCUGCGUGGUAUGCCACCGCGGCCUGGAUGGUAUCCCCUUCACUGUGGAUGCUACCAGCCAGAUCCACUGCAUUGAGGACUUCCACAGGAAGUUUGCCCCACGGUGCUCAGUGUGUGGUGGGGCCAUCAUGCCUGAGCCAGGUCAGGAGGAGACUGUGAGAAUUGUUGCUCUGGAUCGCAGUUUUCACAUUGGCUGUUACAAGUGUGAGGAAUGUGGGCUGUUGCUGUCCUCGGAGGGCGAGUGUCAGGGCUGCUACCCACUGGAUGGACACAUCUUGUGCAAAGCCUGCAGUGCCUGGCGCAUCCAGGAGCUCUCAGCCACUGUCACCACCGACUGCUGAGUCUUCUUAGAAGCACCUGCUGUAAUCUCAGUCCCCAUCCAUCACCUUCCCUGAUAUCUGCCUUUACAACUUUCUCACCAAAUGCUGUUUCUUGUCUCCAAUCAUGAAAUAAUAAUCCCUCAAGAGUUUA